AUGUAUGAAGCCGAGGCGAUGGUUUGUAUUCGAUCGCGCACGGCGGUUCCGGUGCCGGAGGUGAUUGCGUACGGGAAGUCGGGGGAGAAUCCGACGGGGCUGGGGCCGUUUAUUCUGAUGACGUGGGUGGAGGGCGUGAAUAUGCAGACACUGAUGGAGACGACAGAGAGGGUGCCGGGAGCGGGUGUGGACGAUGCCAUUCUGGAUCUGGGCGUGGAUGAGGAAGUGUUGAAGAAGCUGUACUACGGCAUUGCGGGAGUGUUGCUGGAGCUGUGGAAGCUGGAUUUUGUAGAAAUCGGCUCUGUGGGAUAUCUGGAUACGCUGUGCGAGUUUCAGUCCGUUGGCACACCGUUAUCGCUUGGGUUCAACGACAUGAUGACCCUGGGGAUGAUUGCAUCGGAGCCUUUUCCCGCCCAAACAUUUCCGUCCACGCCGGAGUAUUUUGAAUGUCUUGCGGAGCUGCACAUCGUGCAUCUGACCAGCCAGCGCAACAGUAUCUUUGACUCGAGAGAUUGUCGCGAGAAAUUCGCCGCCCGGGGCCUCUUGAAGAACAUCAUCUCCGUCUUCAUCGAAGAGAAAGAGGCAAACGGGCCGUUCAAAAUAUUCUGCGACGGUUUUGGCCCCGGAAACUUCCUUAUCAACCCAGAGACGCUGGAGAUCACGGGCGUUAUCGAUUGGGAGUUCACAUAUGCGGCGCCUCCCCAGUUCCUGGCGUCUGCGCCGGAGUGGCUACUUCUUCAAAGACCUGCUGAAUGGAUUCGGGAUAGAGGAUUUGACUCGUUCAUGGAGGCCUAUCUCCCGAAGCUGGAAUUGUUCCUCGGUUGUCUGGAGCGCCAGGAGGCAGAACGCGGUAUAUCUGGCACAGGCGAGGCUUUGUCCGCCCGUAUGCGCCAGUCCAUGGACGACAGGACAUUCUGGUUCAACAUCGCCAUCCGUGACGGGUGGAGUCUGGACUGGAUAUACUGGAACAUGAUCGACAACUAUGUCUUCGGUCCCUCCGGGAUGACGGAACGAGUGGCGCGUGUCUCUGCGCGUGGCGUCGACGGGGAUCUGGAGGAGUAUGUGCGGGCGAAGAUUGAACGGCUGGAGGACUACAACGUUGAAUUUCGCCUUCCGUCGAUUCGAUAUGAAGAGCCGGAGGAUGAUGAGACGCUCGAGUAUUGGAUUAAGCCUGAUUUGAGGCUGCCGCCCAUUCGGCUUCAGCGCGGUUACGGGUCGGGUCGCGUGGCUGGUAGCUGCAUGCUGGCGCUGGCUGCUGCGGCGACAGGGUUUAUAUUGUAUAGGCGGUAUAUUUCAUUGACAUAA